AGAGUGAGUAAGAGGCAAUAGGUAAGUGAGGGGGUGGGGGUGGGAAGGAGAACCUAGACUUUUCUAUUGUUUAUAGAUAAAAAUGGUCCAACAUGAAUUAAGUGCUUCAGAGUGGCUGGGGAAACCCAGCCAGAUGGGCGGGGUAUAAAUAAAAUAAUAAUAAUAAUAAUAAUAAUAAUAAUGAUGUUUGUGACCUCCCUCCCUCCAACUGAGUGUGAAAGCUUCCAGACUGUUGCUAUUUUGGGGCGGGGUUCAGUCACAUAGCGGGAAAUUCAGGUUGCACAAUUAAAGCUGAUUUGGAGAAGCACAACAAACCUGCUCCCCCAAAAUGCCAUCAUAAUCAAUUGAAAAUCAAGCUUAAUUUGCGUGCAGUUCACACUGCCACACUCUUACAUGAGUAAAGUUGCUUUCUAAGAUUCAGUGAUUCCUUUUAAUGUUAUCAUGAGCUCUGGGUGAGACAGGCGGUGCUGAGGUUGAUUGCAAAUUUCAGGUCGAUAGGGCAGCUAUGAAAGGAGAUCACAGCAUGUGCUUCAGUCUCUUCCAGAGAGAGGAGGGAACACGCCUGAGGCAAAAGUGGCUGGAGGGAAUAUUAAGUAUAAUUGUUUAAUUGCACACUGCAAUGGAGAAUGCCUGUUUGUACCUUUCUAGCUACAUUUCUGGUGACAUAGGGAUUCCAGUCGGACAAGAGGUAACUUAAAUAGUAUUCCUCCAUCUUUCCUGGUACUUUUCGUACAAGCGGGGUUACCUGAGCAUGGAAUAGAAUGGCAAGCUCAUCGGAAUACCUGGGUCUCAUUAAAACAUCUCUUAGUGCCCCUGAGCUCAUAGGACACAAAAAUUAAAUAAAGGAGGUGGUCUGCAGUGUGUUAUUAUCUGUGGCAAGGGGUGGUGUUGAUUGGUUGUUGCUGUGGCAAUUGGGCCGGGAAGUGUUAGUGUCGGCCAGGCGGGUGCGUGUUUUUCGGCAACCCUCCCCAAAAGCUCAACAACUCUGGGCCACCCUCCCCCCCAAAAGCUCAACAACUCUGGGCAAUCUCCCCCCCCAUCUUCUUAAUUUUUAGUCCCCCCAAAAUAGGCGUCGUCUUAUACAUGGGGAGGCGUGUUAUACACGGAAAAGUAUGGUAAUCUUUGUCACUCCUACGUCUUGUAAUCUGAGCUUCUAUCCUCUGUGCUUUCUGUUCUGAGGCUUUUUGAGCUCUUCUCAGCCUUGGGGAGGGCGGUGGGGGAAUGCUGUCCAACGACUGUGAAGCCGUCAACCAUCUCUUCCCCAGUGUUUCUUCUUCUUCUAGCUCAGAGAUCAGCAAGGUUUACCUUGCCUGGGCCGGUUCACUCCAGCGGAGAUCACACACACACAUGAGUGUGUGUGCCCACGAUUUCUGGCGUUUGCACAGACGCAAUUUUGGCACCACAAAAGUGAGUCACUGUGCCAGUUUAGUGCAGCGCGCGGGGACUCACUGAGCGAGCAGCUCGGUUUGGGAGCAGUUCGUGGGCCAGUUAAACGACCCCUGUGGGCCGCUUGUGGCCCAUGGGCCUUAGGUUGCCUACCCCUCUUCUAGCUGUUCUCCACCCAGUAUUUCCCAGCUUCUGCCUUCUGAACUGUGCCCCUCUGCAAACCACUGUUCCAAACCUACGCUGUCCUCCUGUUCCUGGGAAGAUUCAGGAUCAGGGGGAGGGGGUGGCUCCCACCACGCCUCCUCAGUGCAGCCCUCCUCAGCACGGUCCCUGACAUCAAGAAUGACACUGAGAUGGAUGGAGAGGAAGCUGACAAUUUGGGCCUCUAUAUGGACUGGUAGUAUGUAAGGAGAAGGAAGCCCUCAGGUGUGGCUGAGUUUGGUGGGAAAUGCACAGUUAACCCUCACAGGACAGCCUCCACUCUGCUUUGUGGAAUGCAGAACUGAUUCGAUUCAUAACUGGAGGACUGCAGCCAAGGAAAGGGAGAGGAGAAUACACUUAAUUGGAUUGCUUAGGGUGGAGGGGUAUAGAUAAUACCUAAAAACAUAAUGCACACAAGACACAUACAGUCAUACCUCGGGUUAAAGUAGCUUCAAGUUAAGUAUUUUUGGGUUGCGCUCCGUGGUGACCCAGAAGUAACGGAGCGCAUUACUUCCGGGUUUUGCCCCUCGAGCAUGUGCAGACAUUCAAAAUGAUGUCAUGCACAUGCGCAGAAGUGGUGAUACAUUUACUUCAGGAUGCAAACGGGGCUCCAGAACGGAUCCUGUUCAUAUCCAGAGGUACCACUCUAUUAAAUCUACAUCUCCCCGCUGACUCACCUCACUGCCUCUUAUUGAUCCUUAACUGGGUCUAACUGCCUUGGAAAAUUCUUGAGCAUCAGAAGGAAUCCUCCCAUCUAAAAAGGGCAGGGCAUCAUUUGUUUCCAAGAUCUUCCAUACUGGCCUUUGGGCAUACAAAUCUCCCCAAGUGACUCACAAAAGUGUGAAAUGUUGCAGCAUCAAUUAAAUGAAUACGAUACCAGGGGAAAAGGUCACAACAGGAGAGCACUGAAAAAGCCAGAGGUACCCACAUGCCAAACAUUGCACAAAUUCAAAAACUGAUGUCUGACGCGAGCCAGCCAGCAGUAAAUCACACAGUGCAAGUUGGAGUUAACAUUUUACUAGCAAAACCACAGACUGCACAGGCUUGGUAGAGUGUCAAGUCUAAGGAGCACAGCAACCCAUCCCUAGUAGGUCUUGCCCCCACAUGAAGCAGUUGCUGAGAUUGAAGGUCCCUGCCUUCCCACUACUGCCUAAGUGGUGGGAAGGUAGGGACCACUACUCCCCUCCUCUCCAGGGUUUCUCCCCACAAGCAAUUGGAGGCUGCAUCUGUGUGCUACUAAUCUUUUAAUUGCCCUUUUCAUGACUCUUCUGGUUCUGGAAGACAAUGGGGGGGCAGGGGGAGCUUGUCAUGGCAGGAGGGCGAGACACCCAUGGAUCAUCACCAGCCUGAAUCUUCUCUGCCUCUUGACCUAUCUCCUCCCACCCUCCUGCUUCAGCUUCCACCUCUGAUUCUGGACUUCUUUCUGCCACAGAGUCUCCCAGCUCACUAAACCCUGUUACUUCCUCAGCUUCCGACACCUCCUCUUCUCCCUCUGACCACUCAUCAUUGUCCCACCUCCACUCCCGGGGCUCUGAGCCUUCUUGUUGUUUCCCAGCCUGUUCCUCCCACCAUUCCUCUGCAUCCAACCAGUUCAUGACAAUGGGGGAAUGCAGAGCACUUACCGUAUAUACUUGAAUAUAACCUGACUUUUUCAGCAUAUUUUUUAUGCUGAAAAAGCCUGCCUCAGCUUAUACUCGAGUGAGGUGGGCAGCUGCAGAGGGGCGAGUGGCAAGAAAGGAGCCCUUUCUUGCUGCUCGUCCCUCCGCCGCUGCCCGCCUCUUGCAAGGGCAGGCACAGGAGCCGCGGCUGGGAGAGGCGCUGUGCUGUGCCACUCCCAACCAAGCGCCCAUGCCUGCUCUUGUGAGCGGCAGAGGCAGCAGCAGAGGGACAAGCGGCUGCUCCUUCCUCCUCCUCCGCCUCUGCCACUGUUGGCGGUGGCAGAGGAGCGAGCAGUCUGAAAGAAGCCCUUUUGGGCUGCUUGUUCUUCCUCCUCCACUGCCGCCGCCACCAGGUUUGUGGUGUGGUGAACCGGCUUAAACUCGAGUCAAUAAGUUUUCCUAGUUUUUUGUCCUAAAAUUAGGUACCUCGGCUUAUAUUCGGGUCGGCUUAUACUCGAGUAUAUACGGUAUAUUUGAAAACUGAGAAAAAGAAAUCUGAGAUUCCUAUAUUGCAGGUGAUUGGACUAGAUGACUCUUGGGGUCCCUUCCAAUUCUCAAAAACAAAAUAAAAUGUUUUUAUGAAAUGAAUAGAUUCAUCCAAAUCUGUGGAAUGUCCUUGCCUUUUGAAAAUAUGGGCAUCCUUUGUGAUGUAAUAUUCCAAGGCAGUUGGAAUCUGCUUAGAAUGAAUAAGAGGCAGUGAGGUAGGAGAGAGAAGUGGAAAAUUAGACUUUCCCAUUGUUUAUAGAUUUUUAUAAAAAUGAGUCAAGGUACAUUAAGUAUUUUAAACUCCAUCAGUGCCCUCUUCUCUUCCCCACUUCCAGCUGAUUGCGGAGCUUCCAAACUGUUGCUAUUUUGAGGUGAGAUUGAAUCACAUUUCAAGCAAUUUCAGGUUACAUCUGGGUAGGGAUGGGGCAUUUGGAAAUUUGGUUCUCAUUUAAAGAAGAAGAAGAAGAAGAGUUUGGAUUUGAUAUCCCACUUUAUCACUACCCAAAGGACUCUCAAAGCGGCUACCAUUCUCCUUUCCCUUCCUCCCCCACAACAAACACUCUGUGAGGUGAGUGGGGCUGGGAGACUUCAGAGAAGUGUGACUAGCCCAAGGUCACCCAGCAGCUGCAUGUGGAGGAGCGGAGACGCGAACCUGGUUCACCAGAUUACAAGUCUACUGCUCCUAACCACUACACCACACUGGCUCUCUUAAAGAUGAGUCUUCUCCAUUCACAUUUUCUGCAACAAUAUGCGAAACAAAACACAGCCAUUCACACACUUCCCUGAAUUUUGAUGUACAGCUCCAGUCAAGUACCAUCUACAAAAAUGCACGUAAGGAGGUAAAUUGUGUAUUAUAAUGCAUAGUUUAGUAAACAAAAAAAACAUAUAAAAAACCCCUCAUAAACGGAUGUGGAAUCAUUAAGGUCUUAAGAUUGGGAAAGUGAGAAAUGGAGGAGCAAAUUUUGACAGAUUUACCUGCCAGUUAAAUCAAAUAAAUUAAAAUCGUCCUCCUACCACUGGCAUGAUUUUUAUCUAAGAUCUCAAGCCUACGCACAGCUCCUUGAGCGUAAGCCCCACUGAAUUCAAUGGGACUUAAAUCUGGGUAAACAUGCCUGGGAUUGGGCUGCAAGGAUCGCUGAUAAGACCUCCCCAAGCACAACCAGAAAUCUUUCAGUGGCCUGUAGUCACAAUUCUCCUUCUUGUCAAACCCUUCCCUCCUUCCCUCUGACAGAUCUCCUUUGUAGCCAGAAGAUGAUGGAGGCAGAGAAUAGCUGGCAGGUUGCCAAUCCUUCCUCAAAGACAAAAGGUUUGGCGUCCUCUCUAGCAACAGUGGCAACCCUAAUCCUUGCCUUACUUUGCAAAGGUAAGAGGCAUGUGCAGAAAUGAAGAGGAAGAAAAUCACUAAUUCCUUUGUCUUUUUAUGAUUUGUCCAAGUCCUUAUGCCCCCCCCAGUCACCCAUCAUUAUCUUAUUUCCUGUCCGCUAUUGUUGCCAUUACCACCUCUCCCCUGUCCCUUCUGACGUGAAAUUGACAAGGUGAGGAAAUGCUUUGAUAUUUUUUUUUAACCAAUGUUCCUGUCCACUGGAUCGCUGGUAUCCACUUAGACUGGUAAUGAUGAAGACAAGAGAGUCAACAGCAAACACAGCCAGAGCCAAUGACUGGCAGAGUCAACUGAUUCUAGAUUUGUCUCCAUCCUUGCUGAAGCCUACAAGUGGCUCCACAGAGAUGGAGGAGGAGGUUCUGGGGAAGAAGGUAGGCAAGUAGGGGCUCAAUGAAGUCAGACUGAGGAUGGUGGGGUUGUGCAGUGGUUUGGAGCAGAUAGCUGGGGCAAGGGAUUCAGAGGCAGGGAGUGUAAAGGUUAAAAAGGUAAAGGGACCCCUGACCAUUAGGUCCAGUCGUGACCAACUCUGGGGUUGCGGAGCUCAUCUCGCUUUAUUGGCCGAGGGAGCCGGCGUACAGCUUCCGGGUCAUGUGGCCAGCAUGACUAAGCUACUUCUGGCGAACCAGAGCAGUGCACGGAAACACCGUUUACCUUCCCACCGAAGCGGUACCUAUUUAUCUACUUGCACUUUGACAUGCUUUCGAACUGCUGGGUUGGCAGGAGCAGGGACUGAGCAACAGCAGCUCACCCCAUCGCGGGGAUUCGAACCGCCGACUUUCUGAUCCUCUUGAAGCCUCUUAAAUGGCAAGAAGCAGAAAUCAAGCGUGCUAAGAGAAGUCGUUCAGCAUCCUGGACAGUUCCAAGGACAGUGAUUAAUAAUCAGGGAUAGCCAGUAUAGUACUCUGAGGAUUAUUUUUGCAGAUUUUAUUCAAGUUUUAUGCAAGUGUCUUUCUUUGCCCUUUCUCAGGGGCAGGCAAAACAUUGGCUCUUUUGGGGAGGCAAUGCUCAGGUGGCUAUCCUAGAGGAGGAGAACACUGAGCUUGUUUUAAUUGAACAUUUCUAGAUAACACUUAAAUCUUUUUUAUUCCCUCUCUGGCAGGUGCGCUGGCCCAGCACUUCGACUUUUCCAUCAGAGUGGCCGAAACUAUCACUGUACAGAAAGGUUUCUGUGCCUAUGUUGCCUGCAGGUUUACUACACCUAGAUGGUUCAUGGAAAAGUCUGGGCCAUUAUAUGUCUUUUGGCUUAAGGAUGCAGAUAAAUCCCACAGCUGGAUCUGGCCCGGAUAUUGGAUCCCCGGUAAAAUUGUCUGCACCAAUAACGAAAAUCAAAAUCUUACCACGACCCAUUUCAAGCUAACAGGAGAUCCUAAGACUGGUGACUGCUCCUUCAGCAUCAAGAAUAUGGGGCCAGAAGAUGUGGGCUGGUACUACUUGCGAAUUGAGAAAGGAGAAGGAUUCAGCUUUCUUUCUUUCCAUAAACGAAUUCAUGCUCAACCUCAGAUUUUCUUGACAGGUACGUGGCUCCCCUAGGAGCAUUAAACAUAGGAUUUAGAAGCAAGAGACUCUGAAGCACUUCAGGGUGCUGAUGGUGUUUCCUGCUUGGCAGGGGGUUGGACUCGAUGGCCCUUGUGGUCUCUUCCAACUCUAUGAUUCUAGGGUGAUUUGAGUGUUUCAAAAUUGUGCCGACACUGCAUUAGGACCUGUGGACUGUUAGUUUCCAGGAUAUCAUGCAGUUCUUAACUGUGUGUGUGUGUGUAGGGGAAGAGGCCCAUGAGAAUGAAAGAAUGACAACCUUGGUGGGAGUUAAGAGUGGCAAAAUGUCUGUGACUGAGAAAUCCCACCCUUAAUCCAGGGCUCGUGCAUCCUACUCAAUGCCCUGUGAAUUUUCUUCUCUCUCCUUCCCGGUGAAUCUCACUUCUUUAGAUCUGACGAAGCCAAAGAUUGUGAAGCCAUCAGAGGCAGUCUGGCGUAAACCAGCCACUUUCAGAUGUAUCGUGCCAGAAAUGUGCCCAGAGAAUAUACCCCAAAUCAACUGGAAUGCCAAUUUAAAGAAUCACGUCAAACAUUUCUGGCAAACGACAGCGAGCGACUGGAGUAAGACAUACGGAGCUGACAUCACCUUUACGCCCUCCUUAGAUGAUGAGGGCAAAGUCCUCACCUGCAGCGUCAGAUACCAUAACUUGAAGAAAACAGUCCAUCAAUCCACCCGCGUUGCCUUUGGCUGUGAGUAGCUCUCUCUUUUCUUUCUACUGCAUUCAAAUCCACAAACCCUCAGCAUCUCCCCGAAUAUCAGAUCCCCACAACCUGUUUUGCCCUUGGGUUCCCCAGUUCCCUUUUUGGUGCCCUCAGUGCCCCCACUUUCUGACAAGCGGGGUCUGUGUCACAAUGUUGCCGGGCACCUCAUCCCCUAAGAGCACAAGUUUACCUUCCCUCAAUCUGGUGCCCUACAGAGGUUGUUGGACUCCAACUCCCAACAGCCCCCAAAGCUCAAUAACCCUGGGUCACCCCCCCCCACCCAAGAAAGCUCAACAACUCAGGGCAAUUUCCCCCCAUUUUCUCAAUUUUGCAUCCCCCCAAAUAGGGGGCAUCUUAUACCCAGGGACGUGUUAUACAUGAAAAAACAACAACGGUAUUAUGUUUUGAAGACUAACUGGCCUGUACAUGGCAGGAUCAUUUCUACAUUCCAUUUAUUUAUUUAUUGAAUUUUUUUUAAAUAGCAAAAUUCUUUGUAUAGUCAUUUCUCUGUAUCUUGUGGCUCCCCCUUCCCCAUCCCUUUCAUGGGUCCUAAUAACAGUUUUUUUAUUAAAAAAAAACAACCAUCUACAUAUCAUUAUAUUCUCCAUGACUUUCAUUUCCCUAAAUUAUACAUAAACCUCAUUGCUUUACAAGUGAUUCUUGAAGUCCAGCUAAUGUCUGGAUUUGCUUACAAUGGUCUCUUAGGUAAAUUAUAAAAUUUCCCCACUCUUUUUUAAAGUCCUUAUCUUCUUGAUUCCUCAGUCUCCCAGUCAGUUUUGUCAUUUCGGCAAAGUCCAGCAGUUUGGCUUGCCAUUCUUCCUUUGUCGAGAUUGUUGCUUCUUUCCAUCUUUGAGUUAAUAACAUUCGUGCAGCUGUUGUGUACAUAAAAAGUCUUUUCUGAUCUUUUGGAAUCUCAGUACCUAUAAUUCCUAAAAACAAAGGCUACAGGUUUUUUUGUUUUGACAAAAGUUAUUUUAAACAUUUUUUCCAGUUCAUUAUAUAUCAUUUCCCAAAAUGAUUUUGUUAUCUUACAUAACCACUGCAUAUGAUAAAAGGUACCCUCUAUGUUCCUUUUAUAUGCUGGCACCACACUUGCCCUCCACCACCCAACUGGCCUUUGUUCUGGCUCUACAUAUGUGAGCAGAGCUGUCUGAACUAGAAGACCCAUCAAUCUUUACUCCAAGCCAGUGGCAAGAGCCUACACCCCAUGCCUGAAGAUAUGGACUACAGCUCCGAUUUCUCCUAAUGCUUGGCCAGGUCAUUUUGGGAUGCAGCUACCCCAUUCCAGGUGUGACCUCUGCAUACGACAGAGUUUACUGCUGUGGCUCGCCUUCUGCAUCCCAGAAGCCUCUCAUGCUCUGUCGUAGCUACGCCAGGUAAGUUAAUAGCCCAGGAUUGGAUUCAUUCACCCUGGCUUUCCAAAAUCUUUUCCCAGAUCGCCCUGAGGCCACCACCACCAUGGGGAGCACGACGUGCCAGUACGAGAAGAAAGGACACUUAUGCUUCUGUUCUAUCCACUCCUGGCCUCCAUCCAAGAUUGAAUGGCAUGUGGACGGGAAGCUUGUAAAUGAGACUGUGAGAUCAGAGGCCAUGAAACUCUUCUCCUGGGUUGAGGGCAAUACGGUUACCAGCACCCUGAGCUGGCCAGGAGACUUAGAUGGCCAGAAAAAGUCUUUAAUCACCUGCUCCGGAGCAAAUAAAUAUGGGGCGGUCACAAUCAAGGUCUCCUCUGAGCUCAACGAGACAAGUACCGGUAAGCAUUUCUUCCCACUUCACCUUUAAGUCUCAUGCAUGGUCUGCUAACAUUUACACAUCUCCAGGAGAAAGCCCAAGGAUUGCAUAUCAUUUUUAAUUGUGUUUAUCUGAAUGCAAAUUUUUAUAUACCAGCUUUCAGGAUACAAAUGCUUCCAAAGUUAACCCCACCCACAAAAGGAAACAAUAUCAAUAUAUUUUAAAAGUUUUUGAGAUCUCUGAGGCAGGGCAGUUGAUGGCACAAAAGUUGUGUGUGAAGAGGGGAUGGUUCUGCUGGAGCAAGCUCUGAGAUGGUCUUUGCCUAUGUCCCAUUGUGGUGAUCACACAGGGUCCCCGGACGUUUCACCUUUUAUUGAUCCCUGUGCCACCACUUUAUUUCUCGCUGCCUCCACCCAGGCCCUACCUGGUGCAAAUUGGAACAUAAACUUUUGUUUAUUUAUUGCAUGUGGUUUCAUAAACAGUAUCGGUCAAUUACAUUCAUGGGGUGCCUAUCCAGACCUAUAACUUCCGCUACCUGUUCUCACUCACUAAACCACCUCUCAGAUAUUUAUUUGUCUUCCUAGCCCCUAACUAUUCCUGACUCAGCCUAUUUUGCUACACUAAAUCAACCUACCCACAACUCUAUCCCAAUUCACUCCCACUCCAACCAACCACCCAACUCCCAACGGACUCCUCCCUUUGCCCCUCCAAGAGCUGGUUUUAUAGUCCCUCUGACUCCACCCCCCUGGUCCUGUUUGGGUAACCUGUUUAAAUAUUUCACCUCCAGCACUCUCAAAUGUUAACGUCACACCCAUCCUCUCCUGGGAUUCUUCUGACAGGAUCCUGUGGAGGGGAAGGGAAAGAGCAGCUGGAGCAGGACCCACAUUUAUUCCAUAGAGUUGGAAGGGACCCUGAGGAUCAUCUAGUCCAACUCCCCGCAAUGCAGGAAUAUGCAGUUGUCCCUUAUGGGGAUCGAACCUGCAACCUUGGCGUGGUCAGCACCUGAGCUAUCUUCACCUUUCUCCUGGGAUCCUUCCCACAGGGCAGUUGAUGGUGGAUGGCUCUGUUUGGGAGGAAGUGUCCAGCAGCAGCAGGUAUUGAGAUGGUCUCUUGCCUGCCCCUUUCUCCUGGGAACCUUUCCAGAAGACCGUUGGUCAUGGGCAAGGAAAAUCUAUGGAGUUGGCUCUGAGGGAGUCUAAAUCUGCCCCUCUCUCCCCCGGGCAUGCAUCUAGACUAUUCAGCCCAUGCAAGAGACACUUUAUACAAUAAAUAAAUAAAUCACUCUUAAAGGAUGCCGCCCUCUUCACAAUCCUGAUAUCGCCUUAUAGCAGACCUUCUGAAGGCACUUGCUAAAAGUGGGGAAAGCCAAAAAGGGAAAUUGGGUGGUGGGGCCAAAGUAAACAAGGAGUCAGGGCUACAAUUUCCCUUUUGCUUCCAGUGAUCACCUUGACAUAUGCCUUCAGUUAAUCAACCACGAAAUCAUUGUGGACUGACACACUCCCUCUGGCACUCUUUACAUGAGUGAAGUUGCUUGCUGAGAUGUGCCGAUUUCCUUAAAAGCUGCCUUUCAAUAGAAACAGAAGCGCUGGAUGAGACAGGCAGUGCUGAAGCUGGUUGCAAAGUUUCAGGUUGACAGAGGAAGCGAUGCGAUCACAUUGGGUGCUUCAGGUUCUGUACUAAGUUCCCUAUGCCAAUGAUGCGCAUAGUCACAGGCAAAAGCGGCUGAGGCAACCACUAUAAUUUUCUUUGUACACACACACACACCGCUCUUCAGGGCCAUAUUAUGACAGUUCAGCCAGGCAAAAGCAGAACAAGGCCUGGUGAGAAUUGUGAUCUGGUGAGCAUCCAAAAGGCUAGAAAGAGAAGCUCUGGGCCUAAGGUUCCCCACUCCUGUUUGAGUUGCUUUUUGUUCUUGUGUUUGAUGCUGAUUUUAGCUGGGGUCUGAGUUUCUUUAUUUUUGCCUGGCCUUUUUCUUUUAUUUUCGAGGGAUUUUAUUCUGGUUUUCGUGUGGGUGUUAUUUUGCAAUUCCUUGUUUACGCCAACUGCCCAGAAAACUCGGCCAGGUGUCUGAUAUAGAAAUGUAAUAAAAUGUCGCCAUCAUUAUCCAAGGUGCAGUGACCAAAUCACCACAGAAUGACAAGAUGGAGCUGAGCAGUGGGAUAAUUUCUGGGAUCGUUUUCGGGGUCAUUGCUGCACUUGCCAUUUCAGGGGGCAUCCUUUACUCCUUCUUAUGUGAGUAAUAUAUUCUGGAACCAGAGAUUCUGGGGUUGUGUUCUUUCCCCAGAGAUCAGAUAGAGGUGGUUUUUAACCAUUACUAUAUCAUCAUCAUCACUGAUAACAUUUGAUAGUCUAUACUAAAAAGUGAUCAAGAUGAAAUGUAAACAGCAAAAACGACAAUUACAAACCAGAAAACUCAAAACAGUGUGCCAUAGAAAAUACCUAAAAUGCUUCUCCAGUAAUGUAAUAAGAUGCACAAGUUCUACCUACCCCACUAAAAGAUUAGCUCCACCACAUGACUCACUCUAGCUGCGAUUGUUUUUGUUUCUAACAUUGUUGUGGCCCACCCUGGGAGCAGCGGCGGAGCAAGCUGAUAGAGGGCCUGGGGCGGCGCACCCUGCCCUGAGUUGAGGCAGGAUGCUCCGUUGGGCCUCCAAGGAGUCUGCCUGCCUCCUCCCACUCAGCCGCCCUACAGCUGGGGGGGAGGCAGCGGGUGGACCGUUUGGGGCAGUAUGGAGCCUGCGGCACACAAGCCACCGCGUCACUCCCACGUCACAGUUCACUGUAACUCCCAAACUGAAUAAAAAAGGUACAGUGGUACCUUGGGUUAAGAACUUAAUUCGUUCUGGAGGUCCGUUCUUAACCUGAAACUGUUCUUAACCUGAGACACUACUUUAGCUAAUGGGGCCUCCCACUGCUGCUGCGCAAUUCUGUUCUCAUCCUGAAGCAAAGGUCUUAAGCCGAGGUACGAUUUCUGGGUUAGCGGAGUCUGUAACCUGAAGCAUCUGUAACCUGAAGCGUCUGUAACCCGAGGAACCACUGUAUUAGCGUGGAACCUUAACAUGGAUGGUGGUGGUGCCAAGCAUGUUUCACUGGGGAGAGCAUUCCACAGGUGACAGAGGGGCACCACCGAAAAAGGCAGCUUCUUGUGUAAGGAAGAUGGAUGAAACCAGUAAGGUCUCCCCAUAUGGGGAGAGGUGGUCAUUGAGGUAAUGGUUAGAGUGUUGGAUUACUACCUGGGAGAGCAGGGUUAGAAUUCCCACUCAGCCAUGAAGCUGAGUGACCUCAGACCAGGCACCAUCUCUUAGCCAAACCUACCUCGCUGGAUUUUUGUGGAGAUGAAAUGGAGGUGGGGGUGAGGAGGAAAACCAUGUACACCACCUUGAGAUUCUUGGAAGAUAAAGGUGGUAUAUAAAUGUAAUAAUAAAUAAAUAUUUAUUAUUAUUUUUUAUACCUUGCUCAUCUGCCUGGGUUUCUCCAGCCACUCUGGGUGGCUCCCAACAGAAUAUAUUAAAAACACAAUAAAAUAUCAAACAUUAAAAACUUCCCUAAACAGGGCUGCCUUCAGAUGUUUUCUAAAAGUCAGGUAGUUGUCUAUUUCUUUGACAUCUGAUGGGCGGGCAUUCCACAGGCGGGCGCCACCACCAAGAAGGCCCUCUGCCUGGUUCCCUGUAACUUCACUUCUCGCAAUGAGGGACCCUCCAGAAGGCCCUCGGAGCUGGACCUCAGGGUCUGGGCUGAAAGAUGGGGGUGGAUACGCUCCUUCAGGUAUACUGGGCCGAGGCUGUUUAGGGCUUUAAAGGUCAGCACCAACACUUUGAAUUGUGUUCGGAAAUGUACUGGGAGCUAAGGUAGGUCUUUCAGGACUGGUGUUAUAUGGUCUUGGCGGCCACUCCCAGUCACCAGUCUAGCUGCCACAUUCUGGAUUAGUUGCAGUGGUCAACUUCAAAGGUAGCCCCACUUAGAGCUCAUUGCAGUAGUCCAAGCAGUAGUCCAAAUAAAUAAAAAUAUUACAGACCUGAGCUACGUAAGGCUUUAUAGGUCAAAACCACCACUGUGAGCAUGGAAACUAAGUGGUAGCCAGUGUAACAACAACAACAACAACAACUUUUAUACCGCCCUAUACCCGCAGGUCUCAGUGUGGUUCAAAUUAUAAAAUCACAAUAUAAAAGCACAAAAUACAUAAUAAAAACAAGAAUAUCCCAAUCGAGACACAUAGAUACAUGACUCUUAAGAGGCGCGCAAUAACUAAAAACACAGGGUCUCUUUAAAACUGCUCCUGGUGCCCCAUAGCUCCUAAGAUAGAACAGGAGACAAAAACAGAAUAAAGGAGCUGAGACCAAGAUUGGGCCUGAGCAUUUGGAAUGGUUCUAAUUCUCAUUAUUCUCUUUCUUCCAGCGUUCCGUCGGCGAGUAACCAACGUACCAGUGAUUUGACUUCAGUUUUUACAGUGCAUGUUGAUAUUUUCCAUUCAAUACAAGUGAGGGUCAUAUAAGAUGAAUCAAGCAUGACAUGCUGUAUAUUAUUUCAUGUUUGCAUUAGCGCCCCAACAAUGCACAGUUUAGAUUAUAUGAUGGAGCUGACAGAGGGUAGAGUACCUUCCACUGUAGACAUAAAUCAAAAGCAAAAUCCAUUUUUGGCUGCUGGAACCAAAGGACUGAAGGGAGAGGAAACCAAGAACGGAUUGUUUACCAGCAGAGGGUGUCUCAGAGGAAACCUGCACCUGGCUUCUUAAAUGGGUAGAGAGGCAGGACACAGCAGUUUUUCAGUUUUACUGUCAGGAGGGAAUGCCACUCCACAUAAAUACAGAGGUAUUUUUCCUCACUACUUAAAAUGG